UUAUAAUUAUAAUAUUCUAUUUAUAGUAUGACUGCACAUGUGUAUAAAGCAAAGCAGCAACUCACUUUUACCUGCAAUUCCUCAACAGAAAAUUGACCAGCAACUGAACCAGACCAAAAACAAUGGCAAAAACUUACAAAGUGGGUAUUCUUGGCAACCAAGAUGGAAAUGAUCAGAUGUUUUUUAGCGGAAAAUAUGGAGUUGAAGUCUUUGAUCUAACAGCUGAUCAGAUUUGCAAUUUCUUGGAACAUCCUGAUAUAGACCAAUCUGUGCAAGCCAGUCGAACUGAUUUUCCAGCUCCAACAAUGAAGUAUGAGGUAAUGGGAGGUGGCAGAUUCUAUCCUGGGAUUUCAAGAGAGGAUUUAUCUCAAGCAGUGCAAGACAUUGAGGUUCUUAUCUCUCGAUUGAGCACCAAAAACCAUUGGAGCAUCUUUGGCCGAGACUUCUUUCAAACAAUCCUCUCUGAAAAUGCUGCAAACAAAUGCAAGAUGGUCAUAGCAAGGAUAGUUGGUGGAAAACAAACACGAAACGCAAGAAGAGGCCGAUCAGUUUCUGUGAAAACAGAAGAGUUUUUGAAGAAUCAAGGGCUGGAUAUGGAAACCCUCAAAUUCAAAGGGAAUUUCUUUAUUAUCACUGACAAAUCUCAAGCAAAAACUGAAACCAAAAAGAAGCCUAAACCUACUAAUGAAGUGAACAUAGAGAGAGUGAGGUCUGAGCUAGCUGGGGAAGAAGUCAAAAUGGCUGUCACACAACCUAUGAAGGAGACAGUGACUGCAGGCAAAGCUGUCAUUGGACUCGGAGCAAGACUGGGACGAUGGUUUUCAUCACUUGUUCAUUAACACUAUACAAACUAUUGUAGCAAUAAUACAUAAUGAUGUAAUUAUGUUAUUGUGUGCUUGUGUAUUCAUCAACUCAGUGCUGGACUUAUAA